CUCACUCUCUAUUGUCGUUGCUGUGAGGUCGUGCUGCUUUCCAAGAUGGCGGCCAGGGCGGGAGGUUUAGGGGAGCGGGGCUUGUAAGGCCCGUUUUCCUCGGUCGCUUGCAGCCACGGCGCUGGGAGCCGCCGUGCUUUUCCGUCGCCCGGCUCUGAGAGUCCUUCUGGCGAGCAUUUAGGGGGUGACCGGCCCUGCUUAAUGCUCCCGGCCUUGCCCCGCCGAAAGAAAAGGAGGAGCGGGAGCCUGUUUCCUGGGUUCCUCGUUGUAGCGAAGUUCUAGGUCAGUCAUUGAAACUGUAAAAGAAACACUCAAUCAAAAUGGGGCGAAGAUCCACCUCUUCCACCAAGAGUGGGAAGUUCAUGAAUCCCACAGACCAAGCUCGCAAGGAGGCUCGAAAGAGAGAGCUGAAGAAGAACAAGAAGCAACGUAUGAUGGUGCGAGCAGCAGUGCUAAAGAUGAAGGAUCCCAAGCAAAUAAUUCGGGACAUGGAAAAACUUGAUGAAAUGGAGUUUAACCCAGUUCAGCAACCUCAGCUCAAUGAGAAGGUGUUGAAGGACAAGCGCAAAAAGCUGCGUGAGACCUUUGAGCGUAUCCUGCGGCUCUAUGAGAAGGAGAAUCCAGACAUCUAUAAAGAGCUACGCAAGCUAGAAGUGGAGUAUGAGCAAAAGAGAUCUCAGCUUAGCCAGUACUUUGAUGCUGUGAAGAAUGCUCAGCAUGUUGAAGUGGAGAGUAUCCCUCUGCCAGACAUGCCCCAUGCCCCUUCCAAUAUCCUCAUUCAGGACAUCCCUCUGCCGGGAGCCCAGCCUCCAUCCAUUCUUAAAAAAACAUCAGCCUAUGGACCUCCCAUCCGACCUGUUUCAGUCCUCCCACCUCCUGGGCAUGGUGUUCCUCGUUUACCUCCCGGUAGAAAGCCUCCUGGGCCUCCGCCAGGGCCACCCCCGCCUCAGGUCUUGCAAAUGUAUGGUCGCAAAUCAGGGUUCACUCUAGACAUUAUCCCUCGGAGGAGAGAUGAUGAGGUUUCCUAUAGCCCCGAGACAGGGCCACGAGGACAUGAUGAAGAGGGUUCAAGUACCAGUGAAGAUGAGGGCUACCCUGAAGACAUGGAUCAGGACAAGCACGAUGACAGUACUGAUGACAGCGAUAGUGACAGAAGUGAUGCAGACAGUGACGGGGAGGAGUUCAUGCAUCAUGAUGACGGUGCUGAACGGGAGGGAGGUGACGACAAGAAAGCAGGUCACAGCGUACGAUUUGCUGACAUUCCUGGAAAAUCACGAAAGAAAAAAAAGAACAUGAAGGAGCUUACUCCUCUUCAAGCCAUGAUGUUACGGAUGGCUGGCCAGGAAAUUCCUGAGGGAGGUAAAGAGAUAGAAGAAUACUCUGAAGAAGAGGAUGACGAUGAUGAAGAGGACUCUGAUGCUGAAGAGACAUCACAGCAACAGAGCACAGAAGAGUCCCAUGCAGAGAAUGCAUCAUCAGCACCCCCUCAGACUGCCCAGCCACAGCAGCAGCAGCAACAGCAGCCUCCACCACAGCCUGUUCCCCCGACUCAGAUGCAGGCCCCUCCCAUGCCUGGGCCUCCUCCUCUUGGGCCACCUCCUGCACCACCGCUGAGGCCUCCGGGGCCACCAACUGGUCUUCCUCCUGGACCACCUCCAGGGGCUCCUCCAUUCCUGAGGCCGCCUGGAUUGCCUGGGCUACGUGGCCCGUUACCACGCCUCUUGCCGCCUGGACCUCCCCCUGGGCGCCCCCCUGGCCCUCCUCCUGGUCCACCUCCAGGCCUGCCACCUGGCCCUCCUCCAAGGGGCCCCCCACCGCGUCUCCCACCUCCAGCUCCUCCAGGUAUCCCUCCUCCGCGUCCAGGCAUGUUGCGCCCUCCCCUGGGUCCACCACCUGGAUUAUUCCCUCCUGCUCCUCUUCCGAACCCUGGGGUGCUGAGUGCUCCCCCCAGCUUGAUUCAGCGCCCCAAGGUGGAUGAUACCAGCGCAGCCACCAUUGAGAAGAAAGCCACUGCGACGAUCAGUGCCAAGCCCCAGAUCACCAACCCCAAGGCUGAGAUCACCCGCUUUGUGCCCACGGCCCUGAGGGUCCGCAGAGAAAACAAGGGGACGCCUGCCUCUGCCCAAAAGAAGCCUGACGAUGAACCAUCCGUGCAGAUAACUAAGACCCUACCCAAGAUGGGCUCUUCUGCCCCUGUUUCUGUGCAGACCAAGGAUGAUGUAUAUGAAGCUUUCAUGAAGGAAAUGGAGGGGCUGCUGUGACAACCUGUUCCUAGUUGACCUUUGCCUACCCUGAAAUGAGCAUAUUACUAUGUUAGGGGUUCCAUGUUAUAGUGGCAUCCAGUUGACGAGCUCAUUAUUUUAUGACAAGGAAUCGUCCUCCAUCUCAGUUAACGUGUGAUCAGAGUUGGAGGAAGGGGCGACUAUAUAUAGAGAAAGAAAGAGACACUGUCACCCGCUCUUAUGAAAGUUUAUUAAGACUCACUUGUGUCUCCUCCCUGGAAAAGCUGUUGUCUCCUUGAAUACUUUUUUAAGUUAAUGCAAAAAAUACAUCCGAAGAACCAAAACAUACUGAUAAACUAUUUCCUGCAUAUAGGCCUGAUCAUCAGGUGGUUGUAUUUUCUUUUGGUGGCUUUCUGUAAAUAUUUUGUAAUGCUGAUUUUUAGUUUGUGAGAUAACUGGUUUACACAUUGUCCUAGAGUUGGGUAGGCUACUGUUUGCAUAUGUGGCAUGCAGACAUUUUGCACCCGAUAUAUAUAUAUCCUGCAGUCACUUAAGUGAUUUUUUUUGCUGACAGGAGAAAUAUCAUUGUCUUAUGAAUGAGAAUAAAUAUUUGAUGUACUACAA